AGAACAGGAAGUUUACAGACUUCAUUCUUCCUCUUGCCUUGUUUACAUCUCCGUCUUUUGUCUCUGUUUCCUCCGUUCCUCCCUCUUUUGUCUCGUCUCUUGUUUACAUAACAAGCGACAUUGCCGUUGUGGUCGUUCCCUGCCAAGGCACUCAUCAAACAUGACUGCUUACAGGAAGCUCAAUUCCUCCGUCGUCAAGCCCAACAGACGUUACGGCUUCAAAAGACGCUGUCUCUCCCUCUUCGGACGAUUCAUCUUCCUCUCCGUCAUCGCCAUAACGCUGAUCUUGACCGUCGGCCUCCUCUACAUCUACGCCACUUAUCCACCGCACGCUUCUUGCACAAUCAAAUGGACUUUUGACAGCAAUUGUACCUACAUCAACUACAAGAUAGCAAACCAGAUCAUAUCUUGGAAUACUGCAGACUGCGGAACCGGAAUGAAAUGCUUGUAUUCCCUCACGUCUCAUAACGCCAGCCUCAUUUUAGGUUCCCAUAAAACACCAAAAUGGCAUUUUACUGAUUCUUUCUAUUUUGCCUUUAAUUCUGACAACUCAACAUGUUACGUGGAGGGAGUUUCAUCUUCUGAUUCUUGGUUUGCUCUGCUGGAUUUUGGCGUCAACUACUGUAAUCUCCAUAAUAUAAUAACAGGGAGUGACAUUGACACUUUAGAUGGUUACACAGAAUUCACCGAGAACAGUGUCUGCACGUUGUAUACUUCCAGAAAUUGUGCUAAAUAUUGAUAUUCUAGUAACCAGUGGUGUUUAUAUGAAUGUGUUUAAAUACUCACUCACACCUAUAUAUGUGUGUGUGUGUGCAUAUCUAUAAUAUACAUAAUGUGAGAUUAAUAAAUGUAUACAUA